CUUGAUGGAUAUCCAGUUGGUCGACUAACAUUUUCUUUGCUUGGUGUCUACAGUGAACGAACAAAGAUGCCCGUUUUUGGUGAUGGCCAUCUGGGUCUGGCGUUUCCAAGUCUAGGGAGGAGGGUACAUGACUUCAACGUUCUCGAUGUUAUGUCAGCAAAUGGGAUGAUAGAUUACGAUAGGUUUACUUUAUUUUGCGUAUGUGCUGAUCAUCGGAACGAUCUACAACCUGACGCUUGCCUUGUAUUUGGGUCACAUGGAACCGUCAACCCAGCAGAGUUCCAGAUGGUGCAAUUGGAUGACGCUCGUGGAGGUUGGAAAGUUCGAAUACAAAGAACGGCAACACAGGAGGUUUUCAGGAGACCUUUUGUUGCAAAGUUGGACUCCACUGUCUGGUUAAACAAGCUCAGUGUGGAACGUGCAGAAGAAAUCAACACCGCAUUAGGAGCGCAAAGAUGGCAACACUUGCACGUCGUCGACUGUAACCGGGUGGAUCAGAUGCCAACUCUCCUUAUGUCUUUUGAUGAUGUACGGUUGGAUCUUCACCCAAGAAUGUACAUUCGAAAAGAUUUGGUGGAAGGACAAAUGCGCUGUUUCAGCUCAAUCGUUCCAGAUCCAGAAAUAACAACCGAUCACAUGACACUGGGAAUGGCCUUCAUGGAACAGUUUAUAGUUAUGUUUGACCAACGAGAGGGAAAAGUGGGAUUCAAGCCAAGAGUCUGCUAA